AUGCGUCCGGCUUCCCCGCCAACUUUUUUCUCCUCCAAUCCCUCAGCCAGCCAGCCUGCCCCCUCCCCUCCCCCUCUUUUAUUCCUUUGGUGUGCGCAGACAACUCCCUCCAUGCUUUCUCGUUCCUACCUUCGGCCACUUACUGCGCAAGCGUCAAAGAUUCGGCUUCUCCCUUCGUCUUUUGUCCGCACUCAAUCUUCCCAAGCUUUUGGCGGAUACGGCAUUGCCACAGGUGUCAAUCGAAGCAUCAUCUGCCCUACCCCAAAAGGAGGCGCGCUGGCUUCUACUUCUUCAAUUGCCUCGAUUCCCACCGGGUCGCGUCUCGCCUCGAUUUCACGACACUUUUCGACUACUUCACCCGCUGCGGACUCGAACAACAUGGCUCCCGUAGAGACCCGGCAGUAUGACUACAUCGUUCUAGGUGGUGGAAGUGGUGGUAGUGGUAGCGGACGGAGGGCCGCUGGCUGGUACGGCGCAAAGACAUUGAUUGUGGAAAGUGGACGCUCUGGCGGUACUUGCGUAAAUGUUGGUUGUGUUCCCAAGAAGAUGACCUGGAACUUUGCCUCCAUUACCGAAGCCAUCGAGGCCGGUCGUCACUAUGGCUAUGAUCUUCCGCACAAUGUCAGUGUCAACUACAACCACUUUAAAAAACUCCGUGACGCUACGGUGGAGCGUCUAAAUGGAAUCUAUGAGCGCAACUGGGGCAAGGAAGGUAUCGAUCUUGUGCACGGCCGGGCCAAGUUCGUGGAACCCAAGACCAUCGAGGUCGCUCUCAACGACGGCACAACCGCCCGCUACACUGCUCCCCACAUUCUGAUUGCGACCGGUGGCCGACCCAGCAUCCCAGAUGUCAAGGGCGCUGAGCACGGUAUCACAAGCGACGGGUUCUUUGAGAUGGAGGACCUCCCGCCCAAGGUGGCCGUUGUCGGUGCUGGAUACAUUGCCGUUGAGCUGGCUGGUGUUAUGGGCACUGUCGGUGUCGAGACACACAUGCUCAUCCGCGGCGAGACCUUUCUGCGCAAAUUCGACCCCAUGGUUCAAAAGACCAUGACUGAGCGGUACGAGGCUGUUGGUAUCCACGUCCACAAGAAGCACCCCGGUAUCAAGGAGGUCCAGCUCAUUCGUGACGGCAAGGGCAAGGACAAGCUCCUCAAGCUCAUCAACAACGACGGAUCCGAGUUGGAGGUCAACGAGCUCCUUUGGGCCAUUGGCCGUGUCCCCGAAGUCGAGGAUCUCAAUCUCGACGUGCCCGGUGUGAAGCUCGAUGAAAAGGGCCAUGUCGUCGUUGAUGAGUACCAGAACUCUAGCGUCGACGGCAUUUAUGCUAUUGGCGACCUAACCGCAACAGUCGCCAUCGCCGCCGGCCGCCAGCUAAGCAACCGCCUCUUCGGCGGCGAGCAGUUUAAAACCGCCAAGCUCUCCUACGACAACAUCCCCACAGUCGUCUUCUCCCACCCCGAAGUCGGUACCAUCGGUCUCACAGAGCCCGAGGCCCGCGAGCGCUUCGGCGACGACAACGUCAAGGUCUACCACACCCGCUUUGGAGCCAUGUUCUACGACGUCUUCCCCGCCGAGGAGAAGAAGAAGAACCCCACCGAGUUCAAGCUUAUAGUUGCUGGCCCCGAGGAAAAGGUUGUUGGGUUGCACAUCCUUGGUCUUGGGGUUGGAGAGAUGCUGCAGGGCUUUGGUGUUGCGGUGAAGAUGGGUGCGACCAAGAAGGACUUUGAUAGCUGUGUUGCUAUUCACCCGACCAGUGCGGAGGAGCUGGUUACUUUGCGGUAG